UCUGCAGUCAGUAGGAGGGCUUGAAUGAAUGCAGUGUGAAGCAUCAGCACAGAUUCCCCAAAAUACCAGAACCAUCGCUGUGCCUGUGCUCAGAUAUCUAUAACCCAUUCCUUACAGGAUGCCCACAUGAAUGCGGCCGCUGGACCGGAGCAUCCCUAAGUCUGUGCCCCUGCCUGUGCCCCGGGAUGGCUCUUCUUCACAACAGGAGAGCACUUGCUCAGCCACUGGGAAAUUGCCUGGAAUGAGCUGAGAGCUGAGCAGUACUUUGGGCACUGACUGCAGCAAACUCUGGCUAAGGGUGCAGAUUGAAUAAAUGCCAUGGAGAGCAAAAUCCUUGACUACGAGUACCGUAUCAGUGUAAUCAGAAGCCCCCCAGGAUGGGAAAUAGGGAUCUACAUUGCUGGUGCCUUGACUUUACUUGGUGUAACUGGGCUGUAUCUCUGGAAACUGUAUAAAUCAGGAAAUUACCCGUCGCCUUCUCCCUUCCCCAAUUAUGACUAUCGAUAUCUCAAGCAGAAAUAUGGAACUUCCCACUCUGACGUAAGGAAAAAGAGACAGCCUGCUGCCAAACCUGCAAACAACAUGGCAAACCUUAAUGACACCUAUGAGAGCAUCAAUGAGUUUGGCCCCAUAGAACUGAUUAACAAAGAUCUUGAAAUGACUCCUUAUGGAAUGCUAAGGAAAUCCAUCUCCACCGACUCGCUCAGCUCAGUUUCUUCCAUUGGAAAUAACUUUGGCCAAGACAUUACAGUGGGACAGAUAGAGGUGACCAUGGAUUAUGAUGUCCACUCCAACACUUUACAUGUCGCUUUAAUACAAGGAAAAGACUUGCUUGAAAGGAAAGAAGAUGGGAAUUUUGAGUCUUGCUUUGUACAUAUCAGUCUUCUCCCAGAUGAGCAAAUUGUUGGCAUUUCCAGGAUUCAGGGAAACGCAUAUUCCGUCAUGUUCGACGAGACGUUUUCCAUCCCGCUUGACCCCCUGGCGCUGGAAGAAAACAGUUUAAAGUUCUCCAUUUUUGGAAUCGAUGGGGAUGAUAGGAAAGUCAGCACCGGAGUAGCGGAACUGAAGCUGUCAGACCUAGAUCUGGCUCUGCGUCCGUUUAACACGUGGAUUUAUCUGCAGGACGUCAACAAGGCCACAGACACUGUAGGAGAGAUCCUGCUGUCACUCAGUUAUCUCCCGACUGCUGAGCGGCUCACGGUUGUGGUGGUUAAAGUGAGGAAUCUGCUCUGGACUGAAGGAAAGACCACUGCAGACCCAUUUGUAAAAGUUUACCUUCUCCAAGACGGCAGGAAGAUAAGCAAAAAGAAGACAGCAGUGAAAAGAGAUGACCGGAACCCAGUUUUUAAUGAGGCCAUGAUAUUUUCUGUGCCAGCCAUUGUAUUGCAGGAGCUGUCUUUGAGGAUCACAGUAGCAGAGUGCUGUGAGGAUGGGAGAGCAGAGAACAUUGGACAUGUUAUCAUAGGUCCUUCAACAAGUGGAAUGGGCAUGACCCACUGGAACCAGAUGUUGGCCACUCUGAGAAAACCUGUGUCCAUGUGGCACCAAAUCAGACAAAACUAGUGGUAGACAUAUUGUCGAUUUCUUUGGGUUUUAAUCAUCACUAUGGUAUGGCAUUAAUGGCAAUAACUGGAACUGAACAUCAAGACCUGGAAUAAACAACUAUAAUAACGUCAGAAGUAUCAUUUUGUGUAUAUAUUUUGCAUGGGACUUGUCACCAACUCCCUAAUCAUUUGAAAUACUAAAAUUCUGUUAUAAAAAAAUGUUUAACCUUGGAGAAAAAAUGUCUGCUGUCUUUGCUAUGCAGAUCUGGGGUGCCAUAUUCUUCUCAAUACUAUCAACACUAUCAGUUAUAGGAGGUCCGGUUAAGAGGCAAAUAAGGCAGCGCCUCUGUAGGAGACACCGGUCAUGCACAUAACUUGCUUGUUUUUAGGGAACGGCACUGGUAAAUUUAAAAUUUUGGCAAAUUUGUUGACUUUUAUCACUUACCUAAUAACCCCAUACCCCAUCCUCCAAAACGGAUCAGACAUAGCACAUGAGCAGACUCUUUGCUAAAGUUUAGUUCUGCUCAUACUCCAUCUGUCCUAGCAUGGAGACUUCCUGGAAUGAUGGGGUAUUUGGUUAUGACGAUAUGAGGAAAGCAAUUGGGAACUAGGUGGUGCCUCCCCCAAAUGAAUUACCACUCCCUCAGUGACUUAUCUUUCCUUGUCCUUUGAAUAUUGAACUGGAGACUUCUGAAAUGUAUAUUCACCGCAUUGUGACAAGCUCAUUCAGUUGGGGCCAUUCCUCCACCCACCGUAGGCUCGCCAUUUCAUUCAACCCUUUCUCGCCUUGUGAAGUGAUGGAUUCUGGGACUUGAAGGCCCUCUGUUUUUCGGAGAAUCUGUGCAGCACCCACUAUGAAAAGCGGUGGGACAUCAAGUCCCAGUGUCCAUCACUUUAUAGUGGAACAAGGUGAGGGUGGGGUUGGAUCACUCUGUGAGCCUAAAGAGGUGGGGAAAGUGGUCCUUGUGAGGAGAGACAGACUAUCACGGUUUCCUUU